AUGUCUCGACGGCCCGGCAAUGACAGGGCGGCACAGAAUGCCCAAACCCUCAAAGCUCUAGUAAAACUCGAAGGGAACAAAGUCUGCGCCGACUGCAAAAGGAACAAGCAUCCACGAUGGGCAAGCUGGAAUCUCGGGGUAUUCGUCUGCAUUCGAUGUUCAGGGAUUCAUCGAGGCAUGGGCACUCACAUCAGUCGGGUCAAGUCGGUUGACCUGGAUGCCUGGACCGACGAGCAACUACAAAGUGUCCUGAAAUGGGGCAACACAAGAGCAAACAAAUACUGGGAGGCCAAGUUGGCCCCGGGGCACGUACCAUCCGAAGCGAAGAUUGAGAACUUCAUACGCACAAAGUACGAGUCUAAGAGAUGGGUGAUGGACGGCCCUAUGCCUGAUCCCUCGACGCUGGACGCCGAAGGUGACGACAACAUGCCCUUGAAUAUUGUGCAAGAGAAGGCCAAGAUUGAGAGAUCGGCUUCCCAGCGUCAAGCAUCCACUCAACCACCUCCGCAGCCCCGGCCUGCCGCAAACGUGAAUCUUUUCGACGAUUUCGCUCCAGCUCCACCAAUCAGGCCUAAUACAGCAGACAUUCCUGACUCAAAGCCCACGCGAACUGGCCCUCCCGCGCCUGCACCGGCUCCAAAACCUGCUGCGAAGCCCCAAGACUCUUUGCUUGGGCUGGAUUUCUUUGGCGGCUCCUCAUCAGGUGGCGUUGGCCGGCCUUCGAGCGCAGCAUCCAAUCCUCCAGCAUCUACGAAUCCCAGAGGAGAUCUGAAGAGUUCGAUCCUGUCGUUAUAUUCUGCUCCUCCGAAACCCCAACCUGCACCUCAACCUCAGCAUGAACGUCAGCCAUCGUUUGGUGGAAUGGCAACCUCCCCCUCGCCAGCGAAGCAAGAUGCGUUUGGAGGACUUGCCGAUGCUUUUAGCGGAUUGAGCUUCCCUAACCCGACCACCACAAAACCCCCUGCUCCACAGCCGUCGUCUGCAUUCUCCGCGUUCGGAAGUUUGACCAGUCCUGUUGCAGCGCCGAAAGCCACGCCCUCUGCACCCCAGGUGACAUCGCCGCCUCCUCUGAGUGGUGGCAGUUUCUUCGACGCCCUUCCCUCCAAAGCACCUGCUGCCAAACCUACUGUCACCUCGCCCUCGGCCUCGAACGGACUAGAUUUCUCAUUCACCCAAAGAGCUCCGGCUCCGCAGCCUGCCCCCGCCCCAGCACCAAAACCAUCUGCUACGUCUAUUCCUGCUGAUUUAUUUGCGGCCGACGACUUUGGGGGAUUUGCCAGCUCGACACCUGCGUCGCCUCCAAAACCGGCUCCCGCCCCACAAGUGUCAUCACCUACCAUCAGCAGCUCAACUUUUAGUUCACCUUUCAAUCUCUCUUCGCAGCCUGCGUCCGCGCCAAAGCCAGCUCCCGCACCGUUCAAAGCACCAGUAGUACCUCAAACCAACUCAUCAAUGUUUGACCCGUGGGCUUCAGGCAAUGACAGCAGUCCUUGGGGGGCGCCAGACCCGACGCCUGCAAAACCAGUGCAGCCCAAGGUCGAGUUGGGGAGACCACCAGCCCACAUAACGCCGAAUGAUAUUCAAGGAGGAUGGGGAGAGCCGAUAUCGUCGAGCACUAAACCAGUGAGGCAGGCGUCAGUCACAGCCGAUGAAGACUUUGGGGGAUGGACCUCAGCGUCUACAACACAGACGCCGGUGGCUCCGCCAGCCAAAAGCAGUGGGGGAUUUGGAGGCACGUCGGAUCCUUUUGAUAAUCCAUGGGGUUGA